AUGGACGUGGACUUUCUGAGUGAUGACCCGUUGGAUGAUAUCCGGUCUUUUAAUGAAACGAAUGUUUGCAUGAAUUUUGUGAGCGAGCGGACUGUCCCGGCAUCUGUUCAAUGCUUACCAUACCGGUGUCAAACACAGACUGAGUAUGAAUCGUUGUUGGAGCAGGCAACAAAAAACAUUUGUACAUGUAUAGACCGUGGGAUUUGGGGUUCGACUAUGCUGGAGUGGUGUCAGCACAUCCGAUAUCUUUUCGCACUGAAAUAUCCAAUUUCGCGCUCGCUUCGAGUGCGGAUGGCACGACUGUUUUAUGAGAUAGCUGUGAUGCCAAAGUUAGACGCGUCACUGACAGACAUGGCCGCCACUCUAUGUGUACACCUGCUUCGACCGAAAAAAGAAAUCAGCUACCACGAUUUGGAGUUGCCAUGGCGCUCGUUAUAUGAUGCGUUGGAUCGCGAGGUACAUCAAAAAUACCGAAAGAUCGGCACCUCAGCUGUGGCUGGCGUCCUGCUAGACCUAGCAGAAGCAAGUCAACGAUUUUUUCCUUCCUCUGAAGCAACGGCUAUGUUGGAGACAAUGCUUCCCCAUUUUGACGGACAUGACCUGAAUUCUGUGAUAUCGACGCAGGCGCUCCUUGUCCACUUUCUUCCCCUGUCACACCCAGACGCAUGGCUCCCUACACUGUUCAGGCUUUGGGAAACAUUCAAAUCAGCUCUAUUCGACGAUCAGAUGCUCGAUUUGCUAGCGCGACUUGCCGAGCUCCAUGUUACAGAUCCACAGCCAACUACGCACAGAUCUGACACGGGCGUAUUCACCGACGAGCAGUUUGCCUUGAUUAUGACAAAGUGUUUGCGCUCUGCUGGACUCCCGGUGAGUGUAAAUAAGACGGCCAAAGCUGCGCUUAUGGCGCAAUCGUCGUCGGUACGUACAGGUGCAGAUGCGACGGCAUCGCAGAAGACGUUGCGCAUGAAAAAGCCAAGUGAUCGGUUGCAUUCGUUUGCAGUGAUUAUCGUUUACAGCAUAGCGUACGAUGGAGAUGAUGCGAACUUGGUCGGCGGUUCCAAAGCGCUAACGCAGUUGGCUCAGUUCGUCCAGGCGACAGAGACAUUCUUCCACCCAUCCAACUGGGGGCCAUGGCAAGCGCAGCUGUCGAGUUUUGUGCAGCAUUUAACCUGGGAAUAUGCGCGACGCCAAAAAGCGGAGGAGCGCCAAGAUUGUCGCACACCGGUCGAGUGGCGUCUCACGCCUGCGAACCGAAGAGAGUUUGUCAAGAUGCUCCGCACCGUAAGCUUACUGGGUAUGUUUUCCAAAGAUGCAGUGACGUCUUUAUCCUCGCAAUCGAGUCUGAAACGCAUGGCAUUUUUGCAGCCAGAAUUGGUUCUGCCGGCAAUUCUGCAACGCGGCUACAAUUCACUCGAGUCGUUAGAAACGACACAGCGGACGGGCGCAGUCAUCUCUGCGCUCGCUACCACGUCGCAGCCUCUGCUCUCACGCACGUUGUAUCCCGCUGGUGCCAAGCACAUGGCACCCAUACUGCACCUGUGUCUACCGGGUAUUGAUCUGAACGACCCGAUCAAGACCAUGGGCACGUGCAUGCUGAUUCUCAGCGCUAGUGUCUCGUUGAUCAUCUCGGACGCCUCUAUGAACGAGCCUGAUCAGCUGGAGAGCGAGAGCAAGAGCGAAAGCGAAGGUCAGAGGCGGGUGCAGGUUGACGAAAACACAGAGUCAACGGUAGCGGCGGAAGAGUAUGCGGCGCGUCUCUCGACAGCUGAUAUCGACUCAUGGAGUGUCGAGUUUGUGCAUCGUGUCUUGGCACUCAUAACAGCGCUACCGGACGAGGGGAAAGGAGGCAAAAUCGGCGAAAAGAACGAAGAGGCCGUGCUCAAUAUGCUGAUCGCGACAUGUGAUGCAUUCUGCAGUGCAUUGGGAGAAGAGGCGUUUGGCCGGUGCUUGGAAAUUGUGCUGGACUAUGUGCGCACAACGACGGCAGCGAAUGGCGUCAAGGUCAUCGGUUCAUUGGUGGGCUGCUUUGCGCGGGCCAAUAGUGAGAAAGUACUAGCGCAGGUUGUGCCCAUGUCGUGCAAGCGGAUUGAACACGAGCUGCAUCAUGGAGCCUCGUCGAUCCGCACGACGAGCACGAGUGUGCCACGAGCAGAAGACACAGCUUUGCACUGGCACAUCAAUGUAUUGAGUAGCGCGGUGAUGUUCGCUGGGCCGGCACUUCUGCAAUACCGCACAGAGAUCCUGGCUACGAUGACGCAGCUGAUCCAUGCAUGCAAGACGGAGCGAGCGUACGUGCUGCAUGCAAAGUUUGUACAGCGUGUGCUUUCGGCGCUUGUCAACGUGUAUGCUGCUGAGCAGCGGUGCCUGAACCCACGUGAGUGGGACUCGGACAUGCGCCGGCACCACCCGCACCGCCUGUUUGGGAGAGUGUAUGAGCUGGAGGACGUCGAGAUCACGUGGCAUGUGCCUUCCAGCGCCGAAAUCGACAUGGCGCUGGAUGUGCUGACGCUAGUGGUCGGGCCGGUGCUCGACGCACUGGAUGCUUUGCUGUCGGCGACGCAGCAUGACGACGCUUGGCACAAUGACGUCUGCCGCUAUUUGCACGUUAUGCGCUACGCACUCGCAGGACAAAGUGCCAUGAUCACAGACCAGAGCCGCCGUCACCUCCCACAAGACCACUGCGUCUACGACGAUCUUGGCGACAUAGAUGCAUCUGCCUGCGCGCCUCCUCUCGACAUGAACACGGGCGCAGCGGUUACACCGGAUGAUCCGCGGUAUGCGCAUGUCGUUGCGUUCCGCGAGCGAGUGGGCACUGUGCUGGAGCGAGCGGCGGAAGUUGUUUCGCACCUGUCGGCGGAUCAUGUGGAUGCUGUGAAGCAGGUUGUGCGUGCAUUGCGAACAUACUUGGUGCCACACAGUGCGCAUACCGACGAGGUGCAAGGCCUGUCGAAGUCGGUGGGGUUCUUCCGGACGAUUGGUCGCCGAUUCGCCAAGCAGCGACGAUUCCCACGCAUCUUGUGGAUCCGGCGUGCCAUGCUGUACCAUGUGACUAGGCAGCGGCUCCAGUCUGUGCAUCUCGCACACACGGCGCGCGAUCGUACGCUCAUGAUGCAGCUGGAGCGCCUAUGCACAUCGCACUACAUCCCUGUCCGACGACUCGCCCAGUCGGCGCUGGAAAGUGUGUUUGGCAUGUACCGCGGCACACGGUGGCUCUGCUUGCCGACGCUGCUCGGGCAGCUGGCGCCCUCGGCGAGUGACGAGCAAGUCAAAGGUGCGCUGUAUGUGCUGGGGAUGAAGUCGUUCCUCCGCACCUGUGCACGAAAUCCACGGUUCACGCGCCCAGUGCUCAUGGCCAUGUUCCGCCUACAGAGCCGGGCACGACCGUCGAUCCAAAAGCUUGUGCGUGGUGUGCUCUCGGAGCUUGUGGCCAGAAUGAGCGAUCCAUGUGUGCAUGAGGCGUACUUUUGCACGGACGCGCUUCGUGAGUUAGCAGCGUCUUUCGGGAGCGAUCUGGAGUCCGGCUAUAUCGGCACGACGGCUGCCAAACUCCAGAGCUCCUGGCUCGAGCUUGUGCGUACGUCGAACGAAGCUCUGCAAAGUGACUUGCUUGCUAUGCUUCAUGCGCCCCAGACACAUUGGGCAUUUGCUCAACUUGCGCUGCGUGCGCUGCGUGCAGUCCUUCGACGCGAUACGCCCGUGCGUGCGGACAUCGCCGAGCGUGUGGCGCAGCUAGCGAUCUCUGACGACCCAGAUCUUCGAGUCUACGCGCAGUCGACUCUCGUGCGCAUGCUGUACCUGGCUAAGCUGCAGACGUUUAGUCGCGGACAGGAUCUGUAUCUGGAAUGCAUGCACCAGCCAUUGAAGCGGCAGGAGCGGACGGCAGCCUCGGCCACCGCGUCAAUGACGAAACCGGAGCGUGCUGCGAUGUUCCACGAGCCACUCACGGCGUCGUCGCACCUGUAUGACAAAGACACAGAUGCCUGGCUCGUGCAGCCUACCGUCGAUACGUACUACGUGGUGGGCCCUGCACCGCCGCUGUGUGCGACGUCGCAGCGCACGGUAAAUGCCAUGGCUCGCGUCGUAAGCACGCCCGCUUGGUGGGACGCGUUCGCAAGGCAUGUGUCGCUGGAAAUGGAUCGCGACUACAUGGCCGCUGACACGACACUGCUGGUCAAGAGUCUCUUCCAAGCGAUCGGCCCUGCACUCUUGGAGCAUGUGAAGCCAGUCAUCGAGGCGCACCUCGUGAGCGAGCGCGAUCGGCACAAGCACCGGGCAGCGGCAGAGAUCUCUGGUGGCAUUGUGCGUGGUGCGAAGCAUUGGUCUCUGGCAUCGCAUGAGGCUCUGCAUGCGUGGCUCGACAGUUGGCUUGCUCGCGCUAUGUGUGAGUGCACGAUGGACAGUCAGCCAGCAUGGCAGAUGUGGGUUGAGUACGUGUUUCAGUACCGGGAUCCACGACGCAUGCACGCUCUCCUUACGUUCGUAUGGUCCCACGCAUGUGAGGCUCUGAGGGAUGAGCGCCGCGGGCCCGGACAGCAAGCACAUGCGCAGCAGCUACUGGCCAGUGCGCUGCAUGCUUUGCAGUCGAAGGCGCAUGGUUGGGAUGUGAAGGAUGCCGCGGACAUGCCGCAGCAUCCUCCUGAACCACGGCACAACAGCAGCAGGCCUAAGCCGUUCGCAUGA